UUGUAAAGAACAAGGCAUUGAGAAUUAUUAAGCUAAAGCUUAUUUGUGGUUUAUCUCCAGCCCCAAUUGGAGUAUUUGUGGUCUCUCCUACCCGAAAGGAGCUAUUAUAUCUAGCAUAUUUUUGUUCUCUGUUGUUGGGUUCCAUCAGGAUUAGGGGUAGAACUCUUACAAUUAAUUUAGCAAGGAAAUAAUUUGUUGGAUUAGAUAGCUAGGACUGAAAAAUCUAUGGAGAUCCACUCCUUAUUAAUUAGUCUCAAACGUGACUAGCUUGCACGUCUAAGAGGAAGGAUUAAAGUCAUGGCUUUCAGAAGUCGACGAAGUUGGAUAACGAAAGUGGCCACCUUGGCUUAAGACUACACAGAAACCUUUCUACCCUUUCACAUUCCCACGUCCUUUUUCAAUCAUGCAUCUCUUCACCACUCUUGCCGCCGGUUCUUCCUCCACCCUCCGCCCAUUCCUGCCGGCGAGCGUGCUCCCCACGCGGCGCCACUGUGGCUUGCGGGCAGCCCUGGAGGAUAAAAAGAAUAAUGAAUUUCCUGAAUCAUAUCCGAUGAAUGGAGGAGUAGGAGCUUACAGCUAUGCUCAAAAUUCCAAAUAUCAGAGAGGAUCUGUUGAAGCAGCCAAAGAAAUGAUAAAGGAGGCAAUUGUAAAGAAAUUUGACAUCAACACCCCUUCUACACCUUCAAACACAAUUUUUGUUGCAGACUUGGGUUGUUCUACAGGACCCAACACCUUUAUGGCAGUGGAAAACAUUGUAGACGCCAUAAAACACAAAUACCAGCUUUCAAAAGAUCAUGAUGAGAUCCCAGAAUUCCAAGUUUUCUUUAAUGACCAUUCCUCUAAUGACUUCAACACUCUCUUCAAGUCAUUCCCACCAGAGAGAAAGUACUUCGCCGCUGGGGUGCCUGGCUCUUUCUAUGGCCGCCUAUUUCCCAAAGCCACUGCUCACGUUUUUCACUCCUCUAGCUCUAUAAACUGGCUCUCCAAGGUGCCUAAAGAGAUUACUGAAAAACAUUCUACUGCAUGGAAUAAAGGAAGGAUACAUUACACAAAUGCUCCAAAGGAAGUUGUCGAGGCCUAUGCAACUCAACAUGCCAUGGACAUGGAGUCCUUCCUGUGUGCAAGAGCUGAAGAGCUUGUAGUUGGAGGGUUGAUGGUGCUUCUCAUUGCUGCUGUCCCCGAAGUCAUUUACUCUUCUGACACCACCAUUGGCUCACAGAUAGACCUUCUGGGAUGUUGCCUGAUGGACAUGGUAAAAAUGAGAUUAGUUAGUGAAGCAAAAGUGGACUCUAUUAAUGUGCCCCUUUAUUUCCCAUCUCUUAAAGAGUCAAGGGCAAUCUAUGAAAGAAACAGACUUUUCAGCAUUGAGAGCAUUGAAGGGCUAGAUAUCCCAAUAAGCGUCCAAGCGCUUACUUUGACCCUCAGAGCUGCACUCGAAGGAGUAUUUGAAGAGCAUUUUGGAAAUGACAUGGUGGAUGAGGCGUUUUAUCGCUAUUCUAAGCAUUUGAGAAAUGACAUCGUGGAUAAGAACAAAAAUACAUUGGUACUUUGUGUCGUUUUGAAACGCAAGCCAAAUUACAGAUCGAUGGAGGAUAAAAGGAAUGAUGAAUUUCCUGAAUCAUAUCCAAUGAAUGGAGGAGAUGGAGCAUACAGUUAUGCUCAAAAUUCCAAAUAUCAGAGAGGAUAUGUUGAAGCGGGCAAAGAAAUGAUAAAAGAGGCAAUUGUCAAGAAAUUUGACAUCAAUGUCCUUUCUGGACCUUUAAACUCAAUUUUUGUUGCAGACUUGGGUUGUUCAACAGGACCCAACACCUUUCUUGCAGUGCAGAACAUUGUAGAGGCCUUAGAACACAAAUACCAGCUUUCGAAAGAUCAUGAUGAGAUCCCAGAAUUCCAAGUUUUCUUUAACGACCAUUCCUCCAAUGACUUCAACACUCUCUUCAAGUCAUUACCACCAAAGAGAAAGUACUUAGCCGCUGGGGUGCCUGGCUCUUUCUAUGGCCGCCUAUUUCCCAAAGCCAGUAUUCACAUUUUUCACUCCUCUCAUUCCCUAAACUGGCUAUCCAAGGUGCCCAAAGAGAUUAUGAACAGAACUUCUCCUGCAUGGAAUAAAGGAAGGAUACAUUACAAAAAUGCUCCAAAGGAAGUUGUGGAGGCCUAUAGCACUCAAUAUGCCAUGGACAUGGAGUCCUUCCUGUUUGCCAGAGGAGAGGAGCUUGUAGUUGGAGGGUUGAUGGUACUUCUCAUAGCUUCUGUACCAGAUGUCAUUCUCUCUUCUGACUUCACCAUUUGUACACAUCUAGAACUUUUGGAAUCUUGCCUGAUGGACAUGGAAAAAAUGGGCUUAGUUUCUGAAGCAAAUUUGGACUCUAUCAAUCUACCCCUUUAUUUCCCAUCUCCAAAAGAGUUAAUGGUAGCCAUUGAAAGAAAUAGGCGUUUCACCAUUGAGAGCAUCCAAGAGUUGGGUAUCCAAGACAAGCAAGUAAAUGUCCAAUUACUUACUUUGACCCUCAGAGCUGGACUUGGAGGAGUACUUGAAAAGCAUUUUGGAAAUAUCAUCAUGGAUGAGGUCUUUGAUCGCUAUUCUAAGAAACUUGCUAACACUCCUACUUUGUUAAACCUUAAUGAAAACCAAAAAACAUCAUUACUGUCUGUGCUUCUGAAAUGCAAAGCAAAUGAUUAGACUUGGAUUUUUUGCUGGCCAGAAAUGUGGAACAAACUUAUGGACUGCAAUCUACGGUUAACAACAUAUGUAUCAUCAAAGGGUAAAACAUUUGUUUCUUGAGUUAGAAAGGUGUUUUUGCUGCCCACCCAUAUUUAUAAUGUGUUGCAAACUAAAAUUUAUUUCAUUUAUUAGCUAAUUAAUUUCAGGAAUGGAUAUAUAUAUAUAUAUAUAUAUAUAUAUAUAUAUAUAUAUGUUACUACUAAGGGUAUUUUAGUCUUUGUCCAUCUACUAAGGGUUUUUUAGUCUUUGUCUUGCUUUUAGGGUUAUUGUAUUAUACUUGUUUACUUUGUCUUGUUUGUGUACUAAACAUGAUAUGAAUAAGAAAACAAAGCAUGAUCUUCUCUCUUCUUCAA